AUGGGUGUAGAUCCUAAAAUCGAUGAUGUCAAAGAAAUAUUAAAAGUAUUAAGCAAUAGCAACACUAUAAAAUUAUUUAAUAAUAAUAAUAACAAUAAUACCAAUAAUAAUAGUAAUAGUAAUAAUAAUAAUAAUAAUAAUAAUAAUAAUAAUAAUAAUAAUAAUAAUAAUAAUCUAUUUACACCCAUAUUAUCAAAUGAAAAUAACUAUCAAGAUAUUAUAAUAGAAGCUAUUAAUAAUGAUAUAGUUAGUCAAAUUCCAUUGUUUUCUUGUAACUGUUUAUUUUCAUUUUUUAACAAAGAAAAAUUGAAAUUAAUUAGGGAAAAUUCCAAUGAAUCUAUAAAAAGUUUAAUGGUUCAAUGUAAAGAAAGAGUAGAAAUCAAAUGUGCAGAGGAUAUGGAAACAUUGUUGGCUGCUAUUGAAAUUUUAUCUUCAGAUGACUGCAAAGUCGAAAUUAAUUUAUCACAAUAUGAUAUAACCAAUUUUCUUCACUGUUUAAUAUUUGUUUUAAAUAAAAUCAAUUUAAUGACAGAAAUAGAUAGAAAAAAAAAUCACGAAAUUUUCAAAUCUCUAAUUAGAAAUGGUGAAAUUAAAUCCGUUGAUGGUUUGGUAUCAAAUGCAAUAGAUUUAUUGGUUAAUAAAGAUCAGUUUUAUUUUGAAAUAUAUUACUUUGUACAAGAUUUUUAUCUAUUAAUCAGCCAAAAUUUUCCCAAUGAUUUAACAGCUAGUCAUUGGAUGCAAAUUUUCAAUUUUAUCUUAAAGUACCAUAGUCUUAAUUUGCUAAUACAAUUGUUAAAAGAUAUCCCAAAGCUCGAAAAGAUAUACACACUUUUAAUUAGUAAAAGGUUUGUUCAAAUGUUUGAAUACCAUUUCGUUAAAAAUGAACAAAAUGUAUUGGACUACAGCAAAAUACACUUUUUUAUUAAAAUUUCAAAAACUGUAGAUAACAUUCUAAACGUUAUUCCUAAGAGCAUAUUAGAAGAUAUUUUUUCAGAGAAUUUAAAUACAGAGGCAGAUGGUGUAAUCCAAAAACCAAUCAAUGAUAGUAAUGGCAUAUAUUUAAAAUUUUAUUUUUACAAUAAAACAAACAUUUUGGCAAACUCUUUAAUAGAAGCAAUAGUAACCAAAGAUUAUAAUACAAUUGGAAUAAUAUUGGAAAUUGUUUUAAAUAAUGAAUUCCAAAAUUCAAAUAUAAUCAAAAACAAUAUUAAGAUAGAUAAAAACGUCAUCAAUACAAUAGAUUUUUUAAAAUCAUUAGUUUGCAACGGAUUUUUAAAUUAUUUUGAUAUGGAGUACUUUUUCAAAAACCUAUCAUACAAAAUAGAUAUUAAUAAAGAGUUUAAUACUUUAGAAAACUCAGUCCCCAUAAAUAACUUAUUAUUUUCAGAAUCCAUCAAUAAAAUCAUCUCAUCAAUAAUAGAAAAAAAUAAUAAUAAUGUCAUAAAUUUUAAAAAUAGAUUUAAUAUCAAAAAUAAAGGUUUAAAUAGUUCUUCCAAAUAUAAUAUUAUAAAAGCUAGUCCACAUUACAAGAAUUUUAUUUCAAAGUUAGAAAAUGGCGAUUAUGAAGAAGAUUUUGAACUAUCCUUUUUUAUUCAACAUGAAAUCUCUAUAGAAUGGUUUAAAAAACUCUAUAACACUUUUUUCAAAUAUCAAUUAGAUUCACCCGCAUUGGUUUUUCAAAUGUUAUUUGUUAAUUUUGAAGUUUUAGAGUUUUUAUGGGAAAAUCAUCUUGGCGAUAUAGAUAAAACAACAGUAUUUAUUGAAAUGAUCAAUAAUAUCGAUACUCUAACUUCACCAACAACAAUUGAGUACAUUUUAAAAGAAAAAAAAGAAUUCAUAUCAAAAAUGAUAUUAUCGGACCAAAUCAUGAAUAAACUCUUUAGAGGAAUCUUAAAAUACUCCACACCCAAUUCAUUUAUUUUGGCCAGUGAUGCUUUCCCAAAUUUUAAUUUUCAAAUUACACAGGCUUUAUUAUUAAAACUCAUUUCCUUCCACUAUUCAAGAUAUGAAAUAAUAGAAUUUUUAUAUUACAAAAAUCUAAUACCAAACCUUCAAAACCUACUUUAUCAAAAUAAUUUAAAUGGUAUUUCAAUUAGAUAUGAAAAUUAUUUUAUAAAUGAUGCCACUACAGUAACCAAAUCAAUAGAUGCCGAUAUCUCCUCGUCAUGUAUUUUAGGUUUAAACGGUUUAAAUGCCAUUGGUGCUGAUCCAAUCCUUUCAAGAAGUAAAUUAGUCUGUAGUAAAGCUAAUUGUUAUGUCCCGUUAUAUUCGUACAUUGAUAAUAGUACACCGUUAGAUAGUAAUUUCAACCCAGCUCAGCUCAAUUCAACCUCAGUUAAUGUUAUCAAUUAUCAGUCUUUAAAGCCCAAACCCGAUAAUAAUUGUUAUAGAAUCAACUCUGUAAGAUAUGCCAAUAAAUCAGAAAGCAGGUUCCAAAAAUAUUACAAAUUUACAGAUGAUCAAGUUAAAAGAAUUGCAGGUGAAAUGAGUGAUAUUAGUUAUGAUUUGGUUGAAGGAAUUAAAGUUUGCACCCUUGAUAAAACAAUAUAUUCAUAUAUCUUAGAUUCAGACUCAAAAGAGAAAUAUAUUCAAGAUAAAAAUAAAUCUCCAAUUUUGUGUAUACUUUGUAAACCUCAUGCAAAUGAUGAUGGUACAGCUGAAGAUCAAGGCGAUGGUACAGCUAAAGAUGGGGACGCUAAAGAAAGAGCUUGGUGUCGAUUAGAAAAAUGGAAAAUACUUGAAAAGUAUAGACUAAUGUGGACCGAGGACCAAUCGGUUGUAGAAGUCCGCGAAAAACAUAACCAAAUUAUGUUUAUAAUUGCAUCUAUUUAUAAUAUUUUCAAUAAACCUCUUGGUGAACCAUCAUCAUUACCUUCGGUCUAUAGUGGGAUUUAUUGUAGGAAACCAAAUCUCAACUACCAUAGAGAAAUAUUCAAUCAUUCCGAUCAACUCAUCGCUUUAUACCUCGAAAAUAAAAUUUCCCAAUAA